CUUUAUCAUUUUUUCAACACCCCUUUUAAUUUAUUAGAAAAAUUUAUUCUUUUAUAAAAUUUUAAAUUUUUAUCAUUUUACUAAUAAAUUUACAAUAUUUUUUCUUAGUUUGGUCAAUAAUUUUACCCAUUUCAAAUAAUAUUUUUUAAUAACUAAAUGUGACCAAUAUUUUAAUUUAUAAAAGGGUGUAAAGGAAUGGAUACGUUAAUUGGUAUUUGUGGUCGUGAUUUUGUGGCUGUGGCCACCGAUACUUAUGAAAAGCAUUCAAUUGUGACUUUGAAGAACGACGACGACAGUAAGAUAAUGCAAAUUGACGACUCCAAGCUUCUAUUGUUGGCUGGGCCUUGCUGUGAUCGUAAUCAGUUUGGAGAAUACAUUCGGAAAUCAGUCCACUACCACCGCUACAAGACUUCUUUUGACAUGACCACAAAAUCAAUGGCUCAUUUUGUAAGACAGCAAUUGGCUGAAUAUUUAAGGAAAAGCCCUUAUCAAGUUGAUUUACUCGUCGCAGGAUUUGAUAAUAAUGGACCGAAAUUAUACUGGAUAGACUAUUUGGCAAGUUCAACUGAAGUUGAUAGAGCAGUUCAUGGUUACGGAGGUCACUUUCUCCGGGGUUUACUUGACAAAGAGUACCACGAAAACUUAACUGUUGAGGAGGCUGUUUCACUCCUAAAAAAAUGCCGUCACGAAGUAAAAAAUAGGUUCCUUCUGGCUCAGUCGAAUUUUAGAGCAAAAGUAAUUGAUAAAAACGGGAUCCACGAUGUUGAUAUUGAAGACGAUAACACUCCUGAAGUGUUCCGACUUCAGGAUCCAAAAGCCAUUAAAGUUGAUUAAUUUCUUAUUUC